UGUGCCCCGAGCGAAGGUGCCCGGCCCUGCUAGCUGCCCCGGCCGGACUGUCUGAGGCCGGAGCUGUUUCCUUUUCCUCGGUUCUCCCUGGUGGUCUCUUCACGUUGGAUUUCAUAAACCCGCUUUUGCGGUGAUGUAUUAGCAGCGUGAACGCUGAGGACAGAAGAGUUUGAUGACACAGCACUGAAGUUCUUUGUUUGGAGUACACGUUAUGAACCCUUUGUGGAGCAUGUCUGCAAACUCUGUGCGCAAACGAGCUGAAGCUGAAGAGACGACACUAGCAGGGGAUGUGAAAACCAGUCCUCCACGGACUGCACCGAAAAAGCAGCUGCCGUCUGUUCCCAAAAGCGCCCUGCCCGUAACGAAGCCUGCAUCUCCAGCCCCAGCAGCGCGGUCAGCAAAUGGCACCCAUGCCUCUUAUGGGCCCUUCUACCUGGAGUACUCGCUUCUUGCAGAAUUUACAUUGGUGGUGAAGCAGAAGCUGCCAGGUGUCUAUGUACAACCAUCAUAUCGCUCUGCAUUAGUGUGGUUUGGAGUAAUAUUCAUACGACACGGACUGUAUCAGGAUGGCGUAUUCAAGUUUACGGUGUAUAUUCCUGAUAACUAUCCAGAUGGCGACUGUCCCCGCCUGCUGUUCGAUAUUCCCGUCUUUCAUCCGCUAGUUGAUUCCACCUCAGGUGAACUGGAUGUGAAGAGAGCAUUUGCAAAGUGGAGGCGGAACCAUAAUCACAUAUGGCAGGUCUUAAUGUACGCACGGAGAGUCUUCUACAAGAUCGACACCACAAGUCCCCUGAACCCAGAGGCUGCAGUACUGUAUGAAAAAGACAUCCAGCUUUUUAAAAGUAAAGUGGUCGACAGUGUUAAAGUGUGUACUGCUCGUUUGUUUGACCAGCCCAAAAUAGAAGACCCCUACGCAAUUAGCUUUUCUCCAUGGAACCCUUCUGUACACGAUGAGGCCAGAGAGAAGAUGCUCACUCAGAAAAAGAAGCCUGACGAACAGCACAAUAAAAGUGUUCAUGUUGCUGGCCUGUCAUGGGUAAAGCCUGGCUCAGUACAACCUUUCAGUAAAGAAGAGAAAACAGUAGCAACCUAAGAGAUGGUGGAUCGGGUGCACCAUGCACUUUCCUGCUGGACUCUGGCCUAGUUAGAGCUGACUAAUGGCGAAGGACGGCCUGAAGAGUAAACCGCGUGGACAGUGACUGGCUAUCAGUGUUGUGUUUGCAUAGGUUCUAACAGCAGGGCAUGGAGACCUCUCAUUGAGUAAUGCGUUACUUCUCUCAGAAGUGUCAGGGUGAAUCUAGUUCAGUGCUCCAAAUUAUUGGGGACCUUGAGGCUUAAGUAUUUUUCUGAGUAUGGUAGAGGUAAGUUGUGUUUACUUUAACAGCGGAGAGAAUGAACACUAGGUGAUAGUUGGAAGUUGGUGGUUUCAGCUGUACAUACUUUAGGCCACGAAGAAGAAGGGUAUAGAGAAGAGAUCCAGAGGGCAGCACUUUCAAGUCGAAGACUGGCUUUCCAGCUUCAGCCUGCUGACUUGCUGUAAAUGUCUGUCUCAGAAGCAUUAGGAAAGUAGGCAGAACCAGGAUGCUUGUUCAGUUUUGUUUUGUUUUGUUUUUGUUUUUGUUUUUUUUAAAGCAAAUUACUGUAUUUUUAUGGCCGGAGGAAGAAAGAAGUGUUCAAACGGUUUCUAAUGAAGUCAGAUAUUUAAAUGGUGGAUGACCGAUGUGUUAGUAGAGAUGAAAUAAACCAAUAAAUGAUUGAUUGUCAUUUA